GGCCCUGUGGAACACAGACAACAGUCGGGGUGAGCAGAAGCCAUGGAGAUGACCUGCAAAGUUAGGGCUCUGGAGUUGGUGUCUGCGCUCGGGAUGGUUCUUCUCAUCCCGUCGGGCUUCACCCUUCCAAUUACUGGGGCUUACAGUUUGGACAACGGUGAAGAAGGAGAAAAUCAGACCAACUUUAAUAUAGUCUGUGGCCAAUCUCCCAACUCUAACCGGAUAGUCGGGGGUGAGGAUGCCAAGGAUGGAGAAUGGCCCUGGCAGAUCAGCCUCUUUUAUAGUAACUCUCACCACUGUGGCGGGAGCCUGCUCACCAGCACCUGGGUCCUCACUGCUGCCCACUGCGUAUUCGAUCGGGAACCCUCCAGUUACUCCGUGAUCCUGGGAACAAACACCUUGGAGCCUAUCAGCUCCGAUGGCGUCACCCGCAAUGUGAAACAGAUUGUGGCACACCCAAGCUUCACGGGCAGCGUUAAAGCCAGCUACGACAUUGCCCUGUUGGAACUCUCGGAACCAGUGUCCUUCACGGAGAAGAUUCAGCCCAUCUGCAUCGCCGACGCCUCCUCCCGGCCCGCAUCCGGCACGCCUUGCUGGACGACUGGCUGGGGAAGCAUAGCGGGGGAAGAAAACCUGCCCCCUCCAGUAACUCUCCAGAAGGUCGAAGUGCCUCUCAUCUACCGUGAGGCCUGUGACAACUUCUACCACCAGUCUCAACCAUCAUCUCCUGAAGAGCCUUCUCCCACCAGCUACUCCCCACGGGAUGGUGAAGAGACUCCUGAGGCUCCCAUCAUCUUGGAGGGCAUGAUCUGCGCCGGCUACCCAGAGGGCCAGCGGGAUUCCUGCCACGGUGACUCUGGGGGCCCUCUUGCCUGCCCAGUGGAUGGAACUUGGGUCCUGACCGGUGUGGUAAGCUUUGGAGAAGGCUGCGCCCUCCCAAACCGCCCUGGAGUUUACGCUGACGUGGCCACUUACACUUCCUGGAUCCUCGAGAAUAUUCCUCAAGGGAAUGGAAACUAGAUGCUCAUCUGACCAGCGGAGGAGAAAAGCCAUCUCACUUGCACCUGGGAAGGUGGUGGUGACUCUUCUCUCCCUCUCUCUUGUUGUCUCUGUCUCUCUCGUCCCUUGGGGCUGGUCCUCAUGGCUCCCCCAAUACCCUAUUGAUUCCUCAACAUUGUGGUUAAUACUGAUGUUAUUUAAUAUGAAUAAAGUUAAGGAAAGUGA